GUGACGUGUAAUUUACUGGACGGGACGCUUCUUCAGGAACAACAACGCGGCUACUCUUUCAACCGCCUCGGUAGCUUGCUAGCCAACAUAAAACUGAAAGAUUGACGCUUUAGACCAUGUUAAUGUACAUUAGCUAAUCUCAGUGUUGUAAACGCAGUUCUGUUGACGUAUGAACUGGUUAACUUUAACCUAAUUUGCUUGUUCAAUUUGCAAAGUUGUUAAACAUUGAUACUGAGCCUAGCGUUAGGCUAGUCGCUAAUUCUAACAUCCCAGACCAUGAGCUCACUAAACUACUCAUCCCCCGUUAAAGAAGAGGUCUGCUGUAUGCAGAAUGAAGCUCUGAGGCUGAACAUUGUCGUGAAAGAAGAAGAGGAUGUUAUAGAGGAAACAGAGGAAGAACCUUUUAGAGAGGAAGAGGAUGCUAUCUCAAUAAAGGUGAAGGAGGAAGACGUCUUGGGAGUGAAAGAGGAGGAGACAGAAUAUCAGAUUAACUCCAGAGAGAGACAUGACUAUCGUGGAUCCUCUGGGGAGCCUCAACAACAUCCUGAUGCUGAUGAGUCAGAGAAGAGUCUCUCCAGAUCAGACCACCAGAUGGACAACGCUAGCCCUUCCUCCCUCCCGGAGUCCCCGUGUCGUGCUUCUCCCGGUAGCGCCUUACUGCUGGGUAUAAAGAGGUUGUCUGUGCUGCUGGUGGACUGCAGGAAAACAACGGGGCUGAGUGGAACUGUGAGAGGAGGAGGAGAGAAGAAAGGAUCAGAUUUGACACAUCAAAGAGGAAAACCAAACUUCGAGGAACCAAAGGUGUCCAAACCAGCAAGACGACACCUCUGCUCCCAAUGUGGAAAGAGUUUUAACCAGUUAGGAAGCCUGAAAGCUCAUGAGCGAAUACACACAGGGGAGUUGCCUUACCACUGCUCCCAGUGUGGAACUAGGUUUACCAGAUUAGGAAGCCUGAAAAGACAUGAGAGGAUACACACAGGAGCGAAGCCACACCAUUGCGCCCAGUGUGGAAAGAGUUUUAACAAGUUAGGAAACAUGAAAUCUCAUGAGCGAAUACACACAGGGGAGAAGCCUUACCACUGCUCCCAUUGUGGAAAGAGUUUUAGAGAGUCAGGGAACCUGAACGCUCAUAAGCGAAUACACACAGGGGAAAAGCCUUACCGCUGCUCCCACUGCGGAAAGCGUUUUAACCAUUCAGGAAAGCUGAAAGAACACAUGAGACUGCACACAGGGGAGAACCCUUGCAAAUGCUCAGACUGUGGGAAGACAUAUUACUCAUCACGGUCACUUAAACGUCAUGUGAGAAUCCACACGGGAGAAUAAUUACUUCUCCUCGUGUGUAAACUCAUGUUUCACAUCACAUUGACUUAAAAUUCAUCAGAGAACAUACACAGUGCUCCCAUUGUCUUAUAUUGUUGACUGAGAAUGUGUUUACUUGUUUAUACCAUAUUGAAUUGUACAAAGUAGUCUUAAACAUAUAUUUGUAUGUUUUUACGAGAAAACAUGGAGUGAAUAUGGAAUCUGUCAGUUUGAAUAUAGAGUAGAUCAGAUUCCAUGUGUUUAAAUGGUCCUUUUUUAAACUCUGACUGUGUGUGUGUUUAUCUGGGUGUGUCAUUCCUCCAGCACUACAGAUAGUACAGUGAUAUUUGGAUGUGAUGCAUUUGAUCCAUUGUUUACAUUUGCAUUGUUGACCCACGGAUGAUUUAAUGAAAUUGAAAUGAUCACAGACUCUGUAAUAGAAAAUGGUAAUUGUAAACUCAGCAAAAAAAGAAAGUCCUCUCACUGUCAACUGCGUUUAUUUUCAAUAAACUUAACAUGUGUAAAUAUUUGUAUGAACCUAAGAUUCAACAAAUGAGACAAAAUGAACAAGUUCCACAGACUUGUGACUAACAGAAAUGUGUCCCUGAACAAAGGGGGGGUCAAAUUCAAAAGUAGCAUUCAGUAUCUGGUGUGGCCACCAGCUGCAUUAAGUACUGCUGUGCAUCUCCUCAUGAACUUCACCAGAUUUGACAGUUCUUGCUGUGAGAUGUUACCCCACUCUUCCACCAAGGCACCUGCAAGUUCCUGGACAUUUCUGGGGGGAAUGGCCCUAGCCCUCACCCUCCGAUCCAACAGGUCCCAGACGUGCUCAAUGCGAUUGAGAUCCGGGCUCUUCGCUGGCCAUGGCAGAACACUGACAUUCCUGUCUUCCAGGAAAUCACGCACAGAAGGAGCAGUAUGGCUGGUGGCAUUGUCAUGCUGGAGGGUCAUGUCAGGAUGAGCCUGCAGGAAGGGUACCACAUGAGGGAGGAGGAUGUCUUCCCUGUAACGCACAGCGUUGAGAUUGCCUGCAAUGACAACAAGCUCAGUUUGAUGAUGCUGUGACACACCGCCCCAGACCAUGAUGGACAUUCCACCACCAAAUCGAUCCCGCUCCAGAGUACAGGCCUCGGUGUAACGCUCAUCCCUUCGACGAUGAACGCGAAUCCGACCAUCACUCCUGGUGAGACAAAAUUGCGACUCGUCAGUGAGAGCACUUUUUGCCAGUCCUGUCUGAUCCAGUGACGAUGGGUUUAUGCCCGUAGGCGACAUUGUUGACGUUGAUGUCUGGUGAGGACCUGCCUUACAACAAGCCCUCAGUCCAGCCUCUCUCAGCCUAUUCCGGACAGUCUGAGCGCUGAUAGAGGGAUUGUACAUUUCUGGUGUAACUCGGGCAAUUGUUGUUGCCAUCCUGUACCUGUCCCGCAGGUGUGAUGUCCGGAUGUACCGAUCCGGUGCAGGUGUUGUUACACGUGGUCUGCCACUGCGAAGACGAUCAGCUGUCCGUCCUGUCUCCCUGUAGCGCUGUCUUAAGCAUCUCACAGUACGGACAUUGCAAUUUAUUUCCCUGGCCACAUCUGCAGUCCUCAUGCCUCCUUGCAGCAUGCCUAAGGCACGUUCACGCAGAUGAGCAGGGACCCUGGGCAUCUUUCUUUUGGUGUUUUUCAGAGUCAGUAGAAAGGCCUCUUUAGUGUCCUAAGUUUUCAUAACUGUGACCUUAAUUGCCUACCGUCUAUAAGAUGCUAGUUGCUUAACGACCGUUCCACAGGUGCAUGUUCAUUAAUUGUUUAUGGUUCAUUGAACAAGCAUGGGAAACAGUGUUGAAACCCAUUACAACAAAGAUCUGUGAAGCUAUUUGGAUUUUUACGAAUAAUCUUUGAAAGACAGGGUCCUGAAAAAGAUCUGUCCAUUUUUUUCUGUGGAAGAAAAAGGGACGUUUCUUUUCUUGCUGAGUUUGUGUUUGUCAUUGCAACGAUCUUAUUAUUAAAGAUGUAAUUUAACUGACUGGUAUGUGAACUUUGUCUCUCCUCAUUUGGUAAUACAGCAAUUAACCACCACAGACUAACCUUGUGAAACUGACCUAUUAUAAUCUCCUGUUCCUGGGAGUAUCAUCCUGCGUUGCAAACCAGCUGCACCUGCGUCCUUGUAUGAAUAAAGUCCCUCCCAGGAACAGGCAACUAUAAAGAUAUGUGCUCAUCACCCACUGCUUCAGGAAUUCAGACUGUCUACACUGCGCUGUGUAACUCUGUUAUUCUCUCUGAGCUCAGAAAUAAAGAAUCUUGGUUUGA